AUGUCUCCAAUUAACGAAAUCAUAAGACAGGAGCCUGUCACCACAGAUGAAACUAACUAUACACAUACAAAUACCCUACUUAAUGGAAAAUCAAUUCCGCAACAGCUACCACCAAUAAAGAAGUGCUCGGGUUCUGCACAUACUAUAUCCAUUGAAUUACCCCGACUGUCAAGUCAAAUUGUUCAUUCAAAACUUUCCGUACCAGAUGAGAGUAAAUCCUAUAGUACUUCUGCUAAUUAUGCCGUGUCACCUAAAUCGUUUACAGAUCAUUCCAUUGUAGAGACAGAUAUAAUCGCAAGUAGUACACAACAACAAAAUGUACGGCUAACUGAAAGUAAGGAUGCGCACCAUUGUUCGAACUGCUUGACUACCACAACUCCACUAUGGAGAAGAGAUCUCGAUGGUAAUAUUCUUUGCAAUGCAUGUGGGUUGUUUUUAAAAUUACAUGGUAAUUCAAGGCCAAUUUCACUAAAGAGCUCGAAUAUAAAAUCGAGAAAUAGGAAGCAUGUCCGGAACGGGACUAAAGAUAAUAGCAACUCUCAAAAUAACGUUUUACUCAAACCUAAGCUUAAUACACUUUCACGUCUUUUCAACUACAAUGAAACUUACAAUUAUAGUACUGUCAUAUCUAGAAUGGAUGAAGUUAUGAAUGCCGUAAGGCCCAUACGACCCUAUUUGAAACCAAAACCUAAAUCACCAGAAUCAUCAGAUGUACAGAAGAGGCGAUCUUCUCUGCCCAUUACACAAGAUAAGUACGUAAAGUCGCAAGAGCUAGUGAAAGAACUAGGCCGUAUCCAUAGAUCUGAAAUUGUUGAAAAUGCAACCAUUGACUUCGGUUUGCAAUCAAAUCUAUCAAACCAAGUCGAAAUUAUCAAACUGAAAACUAGAUUGAAGGAGUUGGAGUUAACAACAGAAUUAUACAAGAACUACAUCCUUCAACUUAAUGAGAGGUUUGAAUCAUUAGAAGGUCAACUCUUUUUAGGCAAAAACCAUGAAAAUAACACUGAAUGA